AUGUCUCUUCCCGACUACAUGACCGACCGCAACGCCGUCCUGAACGACCAGGGCGUCAACUGGCGCGGAGGCAAGGCCCCCAACUACACCAAGCCCAACGCCCUCUUCGAGGCAGAGCGCACCCAGGUUCACCCCUCCGACUCGCUUGAGUUCCUUGUCGAAAACCUCGUCAAGAACUGGGAGAAGGAAGCCUCCUUCAAGACCGAGGCCGUCGACUGGCGCACGAUCGACCACAAGGUCUACAAGUUCUCGACCAACGGCGGCGGCUGGCAGUCGGUCGAGGACAUGCUCCGCGUUGGAACCUACAACGCCCUCCUCGGCGAGACCCAGUACUACUCCUCCAAGAACUCUGGAUUCGAAGAGUCCCACUUGACCUUCAAGCAGUCUCUCCGAGGUGGCUUCGCCUGGGAGUGCCUCAAUGUCUACUCUGGCCCCCCAGUCGUCGCCUUCAAGUGGCGCCACUGGGGCAAGUUCACCGGAAAGCUCCGUUGCCCCGUUUCGGACACCGAGAAGCUCGUCGCCGACCCCACCAACGAGACCGUCGAGAUCUUUGGCGUUACCAUUGCCCACGUCAAUGACAAGUUCCAGAUCGAGAGCUUGGAGACCUUUUACGAUCCCGCUGCUCUCUUCAACGAGAUGCUCAAGAACAGCCCCUCGGUCCUCAAGUGCCCCAUCACCGGCCAGACCACCGGCGCUGACGAGAAGGAGACCGAGGAAUAG